CCACAGCAUAUAUGAACUAAAUCUGUCUGAGACUGAGAGGUUUGGUUUGGAUCACUCCCCAAUGCUGGCCUCCUCUCUUAGCCCUGUACCGUCCUGGCAUGUAAGCAUGGCAUUAUUGUCGUGCUUGUGUAGAGUGCAGACUUAAUCAAUGCCCUUGGUUAUUUCUCUGGUUUACAGGCUGAGAGGAGAGAGGGGAGAGAUGGUCAUACUCUUAGCAUGGGGUAGAGUAGGGAUAAAGACUCCUCUGUUUUCUGUUUUAUACUUACUAAAUGUACCCAAUGAAAACGGGUCAGAAGCUACUGCCGUUCCUGAGGAGAGCACUAAAUAAGCUUGAUCAAAAUGAAGGCACUACUCAUUGCUGCUAUUCUCUUGGUUGGACUGUUGGCAAUGGGCAGCGAGGCCAUUCCAUCAAACCGCUGGUCCUGCUACAAGAAAGUCUUGAAGGACAGGGACUGUCGCAAUGUUGGCAUCUCCAACGGAGUUGCGACCAUGCGACCCAUCGAUUCCCUGCAGAACCAUUUCUGGGAGGGCAACAAAUGCGACAUGGUGUGCUACUGUAACUUCAGUGAGCUCCUCUGCUGCCCAAGGGAUGUCUUCUUUGGACCCAAAAUCUCCUUUAUAAUUCCAUGCAAAACCAUCUGAGCCAUCAGUCGUUUGAAUGAACAGUGAACACGAACGGUGCAACUUCUGAAUUGAAACAAGAGCAAAGAGUAAAUGGGGCCAAGGGGGAUGGGCCCAUCCAUUCCGGACUACAGAAUUACAUGCAUUUCAUUCUUCACUUGGAGACAGCUACAACAACGACAAGUUCAGAAGGCUGGAGCUAAAACAAAAGCACAAGCUUUGAAGCUGGGAAAAAGAGGCCCAUCUUUCACAAUACUUGGGCCUACAAAUAAAAUGCAUUAUUUUCAGUCUCAAAUACAGCACCCAGUAUAUUUAUUAUCUGUUAAGACAAUUCAAUAAAUGCAGCCCGUGUCCCUCCUUUGCCAAGGCUACAGUUCAACACUUGUAUAUCUGACUUGGCAGACCCUUCAUUUGGCAUUUGCAAUGAUGUGACACUCCCCAUUAUCUACACCCAAACGUAAACAGAUCUCACUAUUUGGCAAUAGUCGUAGUACAGUAAUACCACGAAGUGUGCACAUCAAAAAAAUAUAAUUCAAUAGUUAAUAGUAUGCCAUUCUUGAGAGACAUGGCAUUUUAUAUUCAAGGCUAUUAAAUGCCGUAAAUGUCAGCAGGAUCAUAAAAUGUGAUGUUGUGAUGAGUCUAUGAAGCAUGAUUUUACAUGGCUGAAACAAGUAGACUGUACAACUGCAUUGUAAAUGUCUUUGCAAAAGGAUUAUAGUAUUGUGUGUGUCACUAGGCCUAACUAACUGUAAGGCGCUCUGGAUCAGAGUGUCUGCUAAAUGACUAAAAUGUGAAUAACAUAGCACUUACAGAUCACCUAGACCGGUGAAGCUGUUUAAACAAGUUGUUCUACUGCUCCAUGACAUCUCCCUGUACUUAUCCAAUGAUUUUAUGUCAAUUACAACACUGUAUGUGAGAAUAUUAAUAAACAGAUCGGUUUGAGUGUUA